GGCAACAGUGCAGGUGGGGUGCUGAGAUUUAGGCUGCACUGCAGAAAGAUGUAGAGAGGAGAGCAGUUUCCAAUGCAGUACAGCACUUAGAGAGAUGAGGUCUACUAGCAGACCCCAAACCGUCUCGCACUGCCUGUAGUGGGUAUGGACGCAAUGCCAGGUGAGAACUUAAUUCAGAGCUGAUAGCAGAGGCCUUCAUGCCCCAGGACUGGGGCCGGGGGUGUGGGCGGUUGAGUACGAGGGUGAUGGUGCUGUAUUUUUGAAUAAGGGAUCUCCUGAAUUAAGUGUGGCUUGAAUAAAGAUGUAGUGUGGGCAGAAGGCUGAACAAGGACAGUGCUGUACUCUGCUGUACUGAAGAGGAGUGUGGAGCAGACGCCUGGCAGACAGACGCACACACACACACACACACACCGGCUCGGCAAGACUCCACCAGAGGAGAGAGAGCCCACAGUCACAGCUGCAGGGCUGGAAAGAUGGACACAAGUCUCUGUAAAUGCCCCCCAGUGGUGAUGGCUGAUAAGUCGCCUCCUCUUUACAACACUGAGAACACAAACGAAGAUUUUUAGAAGAAUAUCUCAGCUCUAUAGAUCCAUACAAAGCAAGUGAAUGGUGAUCAGGCCUUUGAAGCUCCAAAAAGGAGAUAAAGUCAGCAUAAACAUAAUCCAUCAGACUCUAGUGGUUUAAUCAAUGUCUUCUGAAGUGAUCCAAUCGGUUUUGGCCAUUCAUCGCACUUCCUGUUACCUGGCUCCCUCCCUCUCCUGGUGAUUCCCAGCCCCCCCUUCCUUCCUCUCCCACCUCCUCCUUUUGUGGAGUGUCUUCCAUCCAGAGUUCUCACUCUAUCUGCUCCAUAUCUGAGAAUACAGACUAUCUCAGGGCAAGGAGCUUCGGCUGGUUGGUAGUCACCCUCCUACCAACAUGCGCAACACCUGUGACUUCAUAGCUCUGGAUCCUGUCUGCUUCUUUGUCAUCUGCAACCACCUGCCAUGAUCAUCCCUACCAUCAUUAACAUGAUAAUCAGACCUGAGAACAGCUUUCUGCAUCUUCUUUGGAUUUUCUUUGGAAAGCUGGAUUACUGAAAUGAGCCAGUAAAACAGACUGGAGAAAUUUCAAACAGCAGAUGAAAUAGAAUGAUCUCCUAAUAGUCAUAACUUAAUUAUUUAAGGGCUGUCAUAUAACUAAGGAUCUGAGAUCAUUGGAGAGAGACUAUAUAUGGACUGAUCUCCAUUUGGGCUGUGGACAUCUCAUCAUGACAACAAUGCCCUCUCGUUUUGGCACUGCGGUGCGGAUCUUCACCACCACCUUGUUUGCAGCAGUGGUGCUUUUUGCCAUCCUGCUGGCCUAUGUAACGGGUUACCAGUUCAUCCACACUGAGCAGCAUCACCUCUCUUUUGGCCUGUACGGAGCCUUUCUAUCACUCCACCUCCUGCUGCAGAGCCUCUUUGCCUUCCUGGAGCACAGGCAGAUGCGGGGACCCUCCAGACCCCAGCACUUGUGGUGCACCGUGGCCCUCUGCAUCGCAGCCUACCAGGAGGAUCCGGACUACCUCCGCAAAUGUCUGCGGAGCGUACGGCGCAUUUCCUUUCCCGGCCUUAAAGUGGUGCUGGUGGUGGAUGGGAACCAGCAGGAAGAUGCCUACAUGAUGGAUAUCUUCCAGGAAGUGUUGGGGGGAGCGGAGCAGACAGGUUGUGUGGUGUGGAAGGGGAACUACCAUAGCGACGGAGAUGGAGGAGGAGGAAAGGGCUCACUGCAUGCAGAGGAGGCUGCACAGGUGGCCAAGGUGGUGCGGAGCUGCCGGUAUUCCUGUAUUAUGCAGGAGUGGGGAGGCAAAAGAGAGGUGAUGUACACAGCCUUCAAAGCACUGGGAAAUACUGUGGAUUACAUACAGGUGUGUGAUUCGGACACUGUACUGGAUCCAGCAUGCACAAUUGAGAUGCUAAAAAUUCUAGAGGAGGAUCCGCAAGUGGGUGGAGUGGGAGGAGAUGUUCAGAUUCUAAACAAGUACGACUCCUGGAUCUCCUUCCUGAGCAGCGUCCGUUAUUGGAUGGCUUUCAACGUGGAGCGGGCCUGCCAGUCUUACUUUGGAUGUGUGCAAUGCAUCAGUGGCCCACUGGGAAUGUACCGCAACUCUCUCCUCCAGCAGUUCCUGGAGCCCUGGUACCACCAAACUUUUCUAGGCAGCAAGUGCAGCUUUGGUGAUGACCGGCACCUCACCAACCGUGUCCUAAGCUUUGGCUAUAAAACCAAGUUCACGGCACGUUCACAAUGUCUGACUGAGACCCCCACGCAAUACCUGCGCUGGCUUAACCAACAGACCCGCUGGAGCAAGUCUUACUUUCGAGAGUGGCUCUAUAACGCACUUUGGUUCCACAAGCACAGCCUCUGGAUGACCUAUGAAUCUGUGGUCACUGGGUUCUUCCCAUUCUUUCUGGUGGCUACAGUGAUCCAUCUGUUUUACCGAGGUCGGCUGUGGAACAUCUUACUUUUCUUGCUAACAGUCCAGCUGGUGGGCAUGGUGAAGGCCACCUAUGCGUGCUUCCUACGAGGCAGCCUUGUCAUGAUCUUCAUGUCAUUGUACUCUCUGCUGUACAUGUCCAGCCUGCUACCAGCUAAGAUCUUUGCAAUGUUGACUAUUAACAAAGCAGGCUGGGGCACAUCAGGCAGGAAAAAGAUAGUAGUGAAUCUUAUUGGAGCUGUGCCUGUGACCGUAUGGGCAGCCAUUCUGAUCGGUGGCGUGGUUUACACCAUUUACUGUGAGGUGCAGGAGCCCUUCAGUGAGACAGAGAAGGCCCUUCUCAUCGCUGGUACCAUCCUCUAUGCCUGUUACUGGCUCAUACUCCUGGUGCUCUACCUGGCCAUAGUGGCCAAGCGCUGUAACAAAAGAGAGGAACAGUAUCACCUGUCCUACGCUGAAGCCUAGCAUGGUCUCUCUAAAACAUAUUUAGUGGUGCUGCAGGACAUGCUAUCAGGGCUCAUUUGAAAUGACCCCUGUCUUUACAUGCUGCUGCAUUCCUGGUUAUUAUUAUGGACCAUGAGUCCAAAGCCAUCAGUUGUUAGAUGGUUUAAAGCUACUUGAGAGGUUUCAAGCAGUCACCAUAAUCAAGAGUUUUUGACAGAGCCAUAAUUUGCAUCAGUUGAAAUCAGGAACGGUGCUUCUCAUGAAUAUAAAGCACACACUGAGUUGGCUAGCCAAGGUGGGCGCAAAAAGUUGAGCCAAAUGUUAGUUAUGGAGCGAGAAGUUCAUGUCAUUAGGUUGUCAUAUUAAGUUAAGGUGAUUGUACUUAUAAUUAUACUUAAUAUAGUGAUCAACAUGUUAAGGUAAAGUGUGUUCCAACACGUGAGGUACACCUUUAUAAGACACUAAGCUGACAGUAUUUGCCCAAAUCAGUCAUUAUUUUUAUUUAGUGUUUUAUCUGACAAUCCAGCAGAAUUCUAAAUAGGAAUUUUUGUGGUGCUGCUAAUACGUUUGAGGUGUAACGUGUUAGGACAUUCAAGAAAGAUUGAACAACUAUAUUUAAAUAGGAUUUUCUGAUACUUCACUAAGGUUAAAGGGAUAGUUCAACCAAAAAUACAAAUUCUCUCAUCAUUUACUCACCCUUAUACCAUGCCAGAUGUGUAGGACUUUCUACUGCUGAACACAAACGAAGAUUUUUAGAAGAAUAUUUCAGCUUUGUAGGUCCUCACAAUGCAAGUGAAUGGGUACUAAAAUGAUGUCCAAAAAGCAUAUAAAGGCAAUGUAAAAGUAAUCCAUAUGACUUUAGUUGUUAAAUCUAUAUUUACAGAAGCGAUAUGAUAAGUGUGGGUGAGAUACAGAUCAGUAUUCAAGUCCUUUUAUAAAGAUCAGUCCCCACUUUCAGUUUCUUCUUUUGUUUUGGUUAUUCGCAUUCUUUGCACAUUUUGCCACCUACUGGACAGGGAGGAGAAUUUAUGGUAAAAAUGGACUUAAAUAUUAUAUUAUAUUAUGGUCACCAUUCACUUACAUUGUAAGGAACAACAGAGUAAAUGAUGAGAGAAUUUUCAUUUUUUGGUCAACUAUACCUUAAACUGCACUGUAAAAACUAUUUACAGUUCAAGAUACAUUCAAGCUUAAGAUCCAUUUCCCAUAAAUGUGUCAGGCAACCAAAGAGGAUUAAAUAGUGAAUAAGGAAUGAAUUGCAUACUACAUAUACAUGCACAGCUAAUCCAGAUAAAAGGAAAACAUUAUUAGAGGUCAAAAUAACAUUUCUCAGUUGUUUCCAAGUCUUCACUAAAUUAUUGUUAGAUAUGAUACAUUAAUACAGAAUUUAUGCUGCCAGGUUUUGACUCAGAAGCAGAUCUGUAAUUAAAAUUAUACUUAACUGUUAAUUAUGUGCUUGUUAGGAUUUCUACGCCGAUAAAUCCACCACACCGGAAAAAAAUGUGUUGCUUAUUUUCGCUUAUUUUGGUGAGGCAAGUUACUUAUUUUGGGCUUGUUUUUCCAGACCAUGUUGCUUGUUUCUCUUGCGAGAUCUGGCAAAACUGCAAUUGGUAUUUCACCCACCCAUUAGCGCACAGUACUGUCAUUUUAAAAAGUUAUUAACCAUUCUUUUAUUUUGUUCUAACAGUAACCUUUUGGAAAGGAGGCUGCGGAACUUCUGAACCGGAAUGAAAAAAAUGCUGUUUUUGCUCAGAACGAACCGAAAUGUAAACAUUUUGUUUUAGUCCCUGCUUACUAAAUGGUUCCCAUUAUUUAGGUUGAAUAAAAUGUUAGGAAGAGAGAUAAAUAAGAACCACAUGGCCGAAGUAAAUUAUUUAUGCCCAAGCUAUAUGUGUUUCAAAAGAUUCCUAAAGAAUUCAGUUUAGAUAUGACUUUUAAUUGUGCAUUUACAUAUCGAGCAAAGGUAGACAGAUUCCAGCUUUUUUCCACUCUCAGCUCUCCAAAUUAAACAAUUAGUGGAUUUACUUCAGUACCACUUCUCCAUGAAUGCUAAGGCUAACUUUUACUUCCCCCCUAAAUUACACAUUUAACUCUGGCCAUCUUUCAAAGAGCUGAAAUCUUAACACUGAGGCUAGUAUGUAUUUGUGCAUGCACAAGUUUAGAGAGGAGCUGUAAGCCUAUGAAACACUAGCCCACAUGACUCUUGCUUACAUGUGCAAUACUGUGUUGUAACAGUGGAUCGCUGUGGACUGCUGUGGAGGACUAGGCUGCAACAUUUGUGACAACUCAAACAUGACAGUGUGCAUUUUUCAACUUUAAAAAAUUGUUUACAAUCAAACUUGUAAUCUCACUGUUCAAAUGUGUAUGUUUUAAGAUUUUAUGCAGUUCAGUUGUAGACUAGGUGCCAAAUUUACCAGAUUAAUAUGCUCCUCAGGAACACAUGUGCCUCUGAGAGGGCUGUUUAAAAAUUAUUCAAAUGAGGGAUUUGGAUGAAUUGCUUAAAGGGAUAGUUCACCCAAAAGUGAAAAUUCUCAUGCCAUCCCAGGUGUGUAUGCCUUUCUUUCUUAUGCAGAACACAAAGAUUUUUAGAAGAAUAUUUCAGCUCUGUA